GGUCGCCGACUGCAGUGCUCUACCAGCUAUCAAGUCGGGCGAGUCUUAGACGUUGUGAUUAAAAUUCGCUACAACUCACUAAAUUAAUUAUCACAAACAAAACUUAUUCGUUCUUUUUUUUUUACAAGUUAGCGUUUAAAUAACACUGCAUCAUGGUGGUGAACAACAAGCCCAAAGUGGAGAAACGCAAACAAAUCAGCGUCAAAUCCAUCGCUGACGUGGAGGACGUGGUGGCCAUGAAAAAGACUUUCAACCGACACCUUCACUUCACCCUGGUCAAAGACAGAAACGUGGCCACCGUUAGGGAUUACUACUACGCACUGGCGCAUUCCGUCAGGGAUAGUCUGGUCUCACGAUGGAUCAGAACGCAACAACACCAAUACGCGAUAAACCCAAAACGUAUUUACUACAUGUCCCUUGAAUAUCUGGUAGGUCGUUCUCUACAAAAUACCAUGAUUAACUUGGGUAUCCAAAGUAGUGUCGAUGAGGCGUUAUAUCAAAUGGGAUUAGACAUAGAAGAACUUGAAGAUCUCGAAGAGGACGCGGGCUUAGGAAAUGGUGGUUUGGGUAGACUGGCUGCCUGUUUUCUUGAUUCCAUGGCUACUUUGGGUUUGGCGGCUUAUGGAUACGGCUUGAGAUAUGAAUACGGUAUAUUCGCCCAGAAGAUCAUUAAUGGAGAACAGAUCGAAGAACCUGACGAUUGGCUUCGUUUUGGAAAUCCAUGGGAAAAGGCUAGACCUGAGUACAUGUUACCCAUUCAUUUCUUUGGUAAGGUUCUUGACACACCGACUGGGAAAAAGUGGAUCGACACUCAGGUCGUAUUUGCAAUGCCUUAUGACAGUCCGGUCCCGGGGUAUCAAAAUAAUAUUGUGAACACUAUGCGUCUGUGGUCUGCCAAGUCUCCUGUAGAAUUCAACUUAAAAUUCUUCAAUGACGGCGACUACAUUGAAGCAGUUCUCGACAGAAACUUGGCCGAAAACAUUACUCGCGUUUUAUACCCCAAUGACAAUUCAUUUGAAGGUAAAGAGUUGCGUUUAAAACAAGAAUAUUUCAUGUGCUCGGCUACACUACAAGACAUUAUUCGGAGGUUUAAAGCGGCCAAACCAGGAGCACAGGUGCGAGCCGACUUCUCCGAGUUUCCAUCUAAAGUUGCUAUACAACUGAAUGACACUCAUCCAUCUUUGGCCAUUCCUGAAUUGAUGAGAAUCCUGAUCGACAUUGAAGGUUUAACGUGGGAAGAUGCUUGGGACAUAACCGUGAAGACGUGCGGGUAUACCAACCACACAGUGUUACCUGAAGCCAUGGAAAGAUGGGCUGUGUCAUUAAUGGGUUCAAUGUUGCCGAGACACAUGCAAAUCAUUUACCAUAUUAACUUCUUACAUUUACAAGUUGUUCAAAAGAAAUGGCCGGGUGACUUAGCACGCAUGAAGCGAAUGUCUCUGAUAGAAGAAGACGGGGACAAAAGAGUAAACAUGGCACAUUUGUCUAUUGUUGGAUCACACAUCGUCAAUGGAGUUGCUCGUAUCCACUCGGAUAUCCUUAAGAACGACUUAUUCAGAGAUUUCUUUGAGCUUACACCAGAAAAGUUCCAAAACAAAACCAACGGAAUUACUCCUAGAAGAUGGUUGCUUCUUUGCAACCCAAAUUUGUCUGAUAUCAUUGGAGAGAGAAUCGGUGAUAACUGGAUAACACAUUUGGAAGAACUCAGUAAAUUAAAGGAACUAGCGGAUGAUCAGAGUUUCAUGUUAGACAUACAAAAAGUUAAACAAGAAAACAAAAUGAAACUAGCUCACUGGUUGGAAACUGAGUAUAAUGUCAAGCUUAAUCCUAAUUCAAUGUUUGAUAUUCAAGUGAAAAGAAUUCAUGAGUACAAGAGACAAUUGCUAAACUGCUUGCAUAUUAUCACUCAGUACAAUCGAAUCAAGAAAAAUCCAGAUGGUGAAUUUGUUGCCAGAACCGUGAUGAUUGGCGGAAAAGCUGCUCCUGGAUAUUAUAUGGCCAAAAAAAUCAUCAAGCUCAUCAACUACGUAGCCAACAUAGUGAAUAACGAUCCCGUGGUUGGUGACCGCCUGAAAGUGUUGUACUUAGAGAAUUACCGUGUGACAUUUGCCGAAAAAAUUAUACCCGCAGCUGAUCUCAGCGAACAAAUUUCCACAGCCGGCACCGAAGCAUCCGGAACCGCAAACAUGAAGUUUAUGCUGAAUGGCGCGUUAACCAUCGGCACUUUGGACGGUGCUAACGUGGAAAUGGCUGAAGAGAUGGGAGCAGAAAACAUGUUCAUUUUUGGAAUGACAGUCGACGAUGUUGAACUGUUAAAGAGAAAAGGAUACAAUGCAUAUACAUACUAUGAAUCGAAUCCGGAACUCAAGCAAUGCGUCGACCAGAUCCAAAAUGGUUACUACAGCCCCAACAAUCCAGACGAAUUUAAGGAUAUUGUCGACGUACUUCUUAAAUGGGACAGAUUCUUCUUGUUAGCCGACUACGAGGACUACAUUAAAGCCCAAGACAAGGUCGACGAAACAUACAUGGACCAAAUAAAAUGGACACGUAUGGCCAUUUUAAACAUCGCUUCGUCAGGAAAGUUCUCUUCAGAUCGCACCAUCACUGAAUAUGCCAGAGAUAUCUGGGGUGUUGAACCAACAUGGGAAAAGUUACCAGCCCCCCAUGAGCGCAUUGCUGAUCUUCCAAAGCCACAAGUCUAAUUUCUUGUGUUUUUAUUUAAUAGAUGCAAAUAUAUGUUUUUAUGUAUAAUUUUUAAGCAAUAGAUUCUUAUUAAUCUUUACAAAAUUGUGUUCCUCACUUUUUCCUCAAGUUUUUGUGUUUUAUUAUUUUUUAUUAAAAUUACUUAAUUUAAAUUUGAAACAAAUUAUUAAUUUAUAGUUGAUUGUUUUUAUUAUAUUCACUGUUUUUAUUAAUUUUUAGUGAAUUAUAUUAUGUUGUCAAAUACUAAAAUAUUAAUGCAUUAAAUAUCAUAUUUUAUAAUAA